UCUCGACAGUCGGUUCCUCGUGUCAGUGCACAGUCUGUGUGUGGUAGGAACUGGGUAUACCCACCAGUGAGCUCGUGGUAUAUUUCACAACGGCCGACAUUUUUCACAAGAAGUAAACCCGUUUGUUCGCCACACUAAAAAAAAAAUUUGGACUUACUGGAAGACUCGUGUCCUCUCGCUAACUGGAUUGUAAUAUUCUUUGAGUUUGCAUGCCGUCAACAACUAGUCCCGAUCGAGGGGUUUCCGACGUCCGACCGGACGGAGAGACGCUCUCCGCGUCGGAAUCACCGGGGUUUUAAAGGACUCUCAAGGGGCAAAGAGGAAGAAAUACGCACGGCGACGCACAUUUCCUGCACGUAUCAGUCUGUGGUGACGGUUACAAGUGACGGAUAUUAAGCUUUUUGUGUCUGGAUACUAUUCUUGUUUUUGUUACCUGUGAAGAAGAGAGAGGGGAGGAAUCCGCCCAGACAAAGGUACAAAGGAGAGGUCCAGUGGUCGGGCUCUUGAGUGUGCGCCUCGCAGCCGAGAACAGGGCUUUGUCCGCCGCCAUCCUGCGUAUACAGGGGAGGGGGUGGCGGUGAUCUACCGCACCUUCACUGGGAUUAAGGAAGGAGGAAAAGGAGAGGGAAAAACAGCGAAUUCACUCGUGUAAAGGACGCGACAUGUAUCCACAAGGCCGGCAUCCGGCACCUCACCAGCCAGGGCAGCCUGGCUUCAAGUUCACCGUGGCAGAGUCCUGUGAUAGGAUCAAAGACGAAUUUCAGUUCCUGCAGGCUCAGUACCACAGUCUUAAAGUGGAGUACGAUAAACUGGCCAAUGAAAAGACAGAGAUGCAGCGUCACUAUGUCAUGUACUAUGAGAUGUCCUAUGGGCUCAACAUUGAGAUGCACAAACAGACUGAGAUUGCCAAACGUCUCAAUGCAAUUCUGGCUCAGAUCAUGCCGUUCUUAUCACAAGAGCAUCAACAGCAGGUGGCUCAGGCUGUUGAACGGGCCAAGCAGGUCACGAUGACUGAGCUGAAUGCGAUCAUCGGGGUACGUGGACUUCCCAAUCUGCCUCUCACUCAGCAGCAGCCGCCUCAUAGUGUCUACCCAGCCUUCAUGCAGCAGCAGCUUCAGGCUCAGCACCUCUCUCACGCGGCUCACGGCCCCCCCGUCCAGCUGCCCCCUCACCCCUCAGGCCUGCAGCCGCCCGGCAUGCCCCCGGUGACGGGCGCUGGCGCCGGCCUGCUGGCUCUGGGUGCUCUUGGCAGCCAGGCCCACCUGCCUGUAAAGGAUGAGAAGAACCACCACGACCUGGAGCACCGAGGCCCCUCAUCUUUUCACUUGCCUCUGGCCAAUCCUCUGAAAGAGCGCGAGUCGAGCACGAAUAACUCGGUGUCGCCAUCAGACAGCCUGCGGGCAGCGAGUGAGAAGCACCGAGGCUCUUCAGAUUACAGCCUCGACUCCAAGAAACGUAAAGUGGACGACAAAGACAGCAUGAGCCGAUAUGACAGUGACGGAGACAAAAGUGACGACUUGGUGGUGGAUGUUUCCAAUGAAGAUCCGGCCACCCCUCGAGUCAGCCCCGCUCACUCUCCUCCAGAAAACGGCCUGGAUAAAUCACGAGUCCUGAAGAAGGACGCUGCCCCCAACAGCCCCGCCUCCGUCGCCUCCUCGGGCAGCACGCCGUCCUCCAAAGCAAAGGACCACGCCCAUAAUGACAAGUCGUCCACACCCAGUCUGAAGUCCAACACACCUACUCCGAGGAAUGAGGCUCCAACGGCAGGAACCAGCACCACUCCGGGACUACGGCCUCUCACAAUGGGCAAACCACCCGGCAUGGAGGCGUUGGCUGCCCCUGCCCUGCGGACACCUCUGUCCAUUGCGGCUUCCUAUGCCUCCCCGUUUGCGAUGAUGGGUCAUCACGAGAUGAACGGAUCCCUGACCAGCCCGGGCGUCUAUCCAGGUCUCAUUUCACCGCAGAUGAGCGUUGCAGCUGCUGCCGCCGCCUAUGGACGCUCACCAAUUGCAGGGUUUGACCCCCAUCCUCACAUGAGGCCAGGCCUACCAGCCAGCCUCACAUCCAUUUCUGGAGGAAAACCAGCUUAUUCUUUUCACGUGAGUGCAGAUGGUCAGAUGCAGCCCGUGCCCUUCCCUCCAGAUGCACUGAUUGGCCCGGGCAUCCCGCGCCAUGCUCGCCAGAUCAACACAUUGAGCCACGGGGAAGUGGUGUGUGCUGUCACCAUCAGCAACCCCACACGUCACGUCUACACCGGCGGCAAGGGUUGUGUCAAGAUCUGGGACAUCAGCCAACCAGGCAGCAAGAGCCCAGUGUCCCAACUCGACUGCCUGAACAGGGACAAUUAUAUCCGCUCCUGCAAGCUCUUGCCUGACGGCCGCACCCUGAUAGUGGGUGGCGAGGCCAGCACGUUGACCAUCUGGGACCUGGCCUCGCAGACGCCCCGCAUCAAGGCCGAGCUCACUUCCUCUGCUCCGGCCUGCUAUGCGUUGGCCAUCAGCCCCGACGCCAAGGUGUGCUUCUCCUGCUGCUCGGAUGGAAACAUUGCCGUGUGGGAUCUCCAUAACCAGACCCUCGUUAGGCAGUUCCAGGGCCACACAGAUGGAGCCAGCUGCAUCGACAUCUCCCACGACGGGACCAAACUGUGGACCGGAGGGCUCGACAACACCGUCCGCUCCUGGGAUCUGAGGGAAGGCCGACAGCUCCAGCAACAUGACUUUACCUCACAGAUCUUCUCGUUGGGCUACUGUCCCACUGGAGAAUGGCUGGCUGUGGGCAUGGAGAGCAGUAACGUGGAAGUGCUUCACCACACCAAGCCUGACAAGUACCAGCUGCACCUGCACGAAAGCUGCGUCCUCUCACUCAAGUUCGCCUACUGUGGUAAAUGGUUUGUGAGCACGGGGAAGGACAAUCUGCUGAAUGCAUGGAGGACUCCUUAUGGUGCCAGCAUAUUCCAGUCGAAGGAGUCGUCCUCCGUCCUGAGCUGUGACAUCUCCGCAGAUGACAAAUACAUCGUGACGGGAUCCGGUGACAAGAAGGCCACCGUCUACGAGGUCAUCUACUAGAGAGAAAGGAGGCUCCUGCUUCAGCACUGAUGAGAUGACUUUUACUUUUCCCCUCCCAACCAUCCGUCUGUGGACUACAACACGCUAAAAUGAACUACAGAUUUGGCGGUGAUCGAUGGAGCCGUUUGGCUGAAGGAUGCUUGUGCUGGAAAGAAGCUUUUCUGUACUUGUAGUGGAAGGUUUAUUUUUUGGUUACACACUUUUUUGUGACUUUUUUUCCCCCUUGAGAAUAUUUGGGUGUAACCCGAUGAAGCGGCGCUUCAUUUCUGAGAACCUCGUUCCCCCAGACGUCUUGUGAAAAGUGUACAUAUCGGAUUAAAUAAAAGACUCUUUAUAUAUAUUAUAAAAUAUAUAUAUUUUCAUGUCCUGGGUGUACUUGUGAUCAAUUUUCUUUUUUUUUGCCCACUCUGUCUUAUGCCAUGAUAUUUGAGUGGGAAAGCAGAACAUAGAUUAGAACUUUUUAACAAUUUUACUCUUGAUUUUCUUAAAGCACAUUCUCCGGGCUGACCUUUUCAGAAAUCAAACCGAGGAGCAUGAAUCUUGUAAGUAGGACGUUUUGUGGAGAUUUUUAAAAGGCCUUUUUGUCACAGUGCUCUUACCGGACAAUGGAUACGUGGAGUCCUCUGACUCCGGCAGAGACUCGGCUGGUUUGGACCACUGUGGGAUGGAGCGGGACACUGAUUCAGGAAAAGAAAUGGAUGUAAAUUUAAUUCAUAUAUAUAUAUAACUAAAGACCUUUUUAAAGUG